AUGCACAGCGAGUCCUACUUGCCGGCCAAGCCUUCGCGCUUGCCGCGGAACACGGUGCAGACCGUGGUCGCGCCCAUGGCAGCGCGAACCGAGCCGGCGCCCUUCACACCCCGCGCGGAGGCGCUGCCGCCACGGGUUUGGGCAGCGCCAUUGCGGAGCUCAUCGGUGCCCAGAGUCAGUUCGCAAGGCCAGAUGCCUUGCGCCCUUCCUCACGCUGGGCCGAUGCUCUCGAGGGUCAAUCUGGACGAGGUGCCAGCCUCGGCCUCUGGCUACACUACUCCGGUGUAUGUGACCAGUGGGCACACCACACCUCGACCCGUCGCGGUGCCCUACGUUCACCGCACCACUGCACGGCCUCAGUUCGUGCGCCUGGACGACCCGGGCUCCGGUGGAACCGCUCCGCGGGGACCGCCGUGGGGACCGGGAGCGACGUGCUCGUCGCUGGACGCGGCGGCGGCGAUCGCCCGACUGCAGAAGGCAUUGGCAGAUCAGCGGGAUGAGCACGAGGCCAAGUUGGCCGCGCUCCAGGCGCGCUGGGAGGAGCGCUUCACCGAGGCCAUUGACUUUUGGCAACAGGCAUGGUCGACCACCACAGCAGUCGUGAAGGAUUGCAACACUCACUGCGUGAAACUCAGUGAAGUCCUAGAGGCUUCCUUGGAUCAACUUGGACAGAGCAGCGUGGAGGUUGCCAAGCUGCAGAGUCGCGUGCAGUUGCUCGAGGAAGCCGCUCAUUUGCCCAAAGCGCCAGAAGCAGAGCUCCCACUGGAGAUGGCGCAAGAACGGUCGCCGCGGUCACCGCGCAAGUCGCCCAGCGCCACCUGCAGCGGCACCAGUGAAAGCUUCAAAAAACUCUCAGAUGAAUUGGCUCAGUUUGCCAACUUUGUCUCAGAACAGUCAAUGCGUAUGCGGUCUGAUUGCAAGCAAGAGUCGCCGAAGUCGGGUGAUGUCCAAAGAGACGACCUCGCCCCGGAGGCUUCGCCGCGGACCGCGGCGGGAGCUCUGCCCAGCGUGGACGCCACGGCGCUGGACGUCGGGAGCAUGUCGGAGCUGGGCGUCGCCGGAGGGCGGUAG